AUGGGGCCCCCGGGCAAUAGGGAAUCAUGGGGCCCCUGUGUCCUUGCCCACACUCAAAAAAGCCUACAAAUAAGGUACCAGGGGCAUUUCAUGGGGCCCUACUGACCCCGGGCCCUCGAGACACAACCCAGACACAUAGAAUACAGGUGUCUAUAUCAACACACCUUACCAGGGGCGGACUGACAACUCAUGGGGCCCCCCGGGCAAUAGGGGAUUAUGAUGGGGCCCUUGUGUCUUUGCCCAAACUCAAAAUGCCUAUGAAAAAGGUACCAGGGGCAUCUCAUGGGGCCCCCUACUGACCCCGGGCCCUCGGGCAGUGCCCGAGUUUCCAAAUGGUCAGUCCGCCCCUGCACCUUACAUAAGCAUG